AUGAAACACGAAGGAACGGUCAAGAGCCUCGUCCUGGAUGUGUCGACGCUUGCCGAAGGUGUUGACAACCUAAAGCUCCAGUGUCUACAAGACCGCGAUCACCCAGAUACGUCGCCUCUAGACGCCCAGCUACUCACUGACUUUCUAUCCGGCGGCGAUGCAGUAGCCCACAAGUUCUGUGCCAACCAUCGCAACUACACGCCUCUGAAGCGAUGCAUCGAACAGCUCGAUGAGUUCGGCGCUCUCUCCACAAGCGACGAGCUGAUCUUGGUGCUUGGGUGCAACUUAAAGAUUUUUAUGUUCAGUAGCCACAAAGACGCAGCGAGGCAGCGCCACCUCCGAGACCGUAUCGUUGCACUUGACGAUAAGGUCGGCAACCUUUUCCGUCCAGACCUGCAGCUUCAAGGCGUUGAUGCUAAAUCUCGCGUUGCAGUCACAGCUGACGGAGUUGUCUCCGAGGACCAAACCGACUUUGAGGCAGACGUUGGCAGUAGCGAUACGAGUGAUGAGUUCAACGACACGCUAUCGGAUGAAGACGACGACUUUACUGGCGAAGCGGAGGAGCGAAGGCCACGAAAUGCUAUCGUAGCUAGGGAAGCCAUCUCUCCGAUACUGAUCACGCCCCGUGGCGAUGAACUCGACGGCGAUGAGGACUCGUAUACUGAGUCCGACCGCGAUUCGUCAAAUGAGACGGAUAACGAUGUUGACAGCGACGCAACAGAAGAUGAAGACUGA